GCGAGUGGUGAGUUCGAGGAUAUACGCAUUCUUUGGUGGCGAAUUGUGUGAAAAGUGUGUGAAAAAUAGUGCAAAUUGUGCCCUUUUUCCGUGGAAUCGCACCAAAAAUUGCAUUUACAAGUGCACAGUGUGUGUUUGCCCGUCGAUACCGUGCCUCAUUGGGGGUGAAGAGGAUUUUAUCAAGUGGAUAAGCGCACAAGAAGGCGACAGCGUAUUGACGCAACAUUUUCUCUUCGACUUCUUCGCAGCUGAAAAAGUAGAUGAAGGCAACAUCUACAAAAUGUCACGAAACAAAGAUAAAUAUGAAAAUAACAACCCAAGGAGGCAAACUGUAUUCCUGUCACCUGAAGACAUUGCAGCGGGUCGAAAGACAAACUGGCAGGCGGUCGAGAUAACAGGCAAUGUGAGGAACUUGAGCCCAGCGCUGUGGCAAUUCGAGCAUCUCACGGCGCUCUAUCUCAACGACAACAACCUCCUCCGCUUGCCACCCGACAUUGGACAAUUGGUCAAUCUCAAGACACUCGAUCUGUCCAGCAACAAAUUGAGAAGUUUGCCCGCUGAACUUGGCGAUCUCAUUCAACUGAGAGAACUCCUGCUGAAUCAUAAUUUUUUGCGUGUUUUACCGUAUGAAAUCGGAAAGUUGUUUCAUUUACAUAUGCUGGGGUUGCAUGGAAACCCACUCGGGAAAGACAUCCUGUCCAUUUACAAUGAGCCAAAUGGAACGCAAAAGCUACUUACAUUCAUGUUGGACACUCUUACAGUCAGUGCAGGACCUCCGCCUCAGCGUCCGUGGAUUCCAUUGGCUCGUCCUAAUCGUACUCGACCAGCAUGUAUAUUCACCGUAAUGUGCUACAAUGUACUCUGUGACAAAUAUGCGACUAGACAAAUGUAUGGCUAUUGCCAGAGCUGGGCGCUCGGAUGGGAGUAUCGGAAAAAGGCCAUUCUCGACGAGAUUCGCCACUAUUCUGCCGACAUAAUCAGUCUUCAGGAGGUGGAGACGGAUCAGUUCUACAAUUUCUUCAAGCCAGAACUCAAGAAUGACGGCUACGAAGGGAUUUUCUCGCCAAAAUCACGCGCCAAAACGAUGGCUGAGAAUGAGAGAAAGUACGUCGAUGGAUGCGCCAUUUUCUUCCGGGCAUCUAGAUUCUCGCUGAUCAAGGAACAUCUGGUGGAAUUUAAUCAACUGGCCAUGGCAAACGCCGAGGGGUCGGACAACAUGCUGAACCGUGUGAUGCCGAAGGACAACAUUGGCCUGGCGGCGCUGCUGAAGGUGAAGGAGUCCGCGUGGGAGGGACUAUCGCCAGAGGCGGCCGCCCUGGCGCAGCCGAUUCUCGUGUGCACGGCGCACAUUCACUGGGAUCCUGAAUUCUGUGAUGUGAAGCUGAUUCAGACGAUGAUGCUGAGCAAUGAGCUGAAGAGCAUCCUGGAUGAGGCGGGCCACAGUUUUCGGCCAGGACACAAGUUUGACAGCAAUAAUGUCCAAUUGCUCCUCUGCGGCGACUUCAAUUCCCUGCCAGACUCCGGAGUGAUUGAAUUCCUCAGCUCGGGGCGUGUGUCAAUGGAUCAUCAGGACUUCAAGGAGUUGGGCUACAAGUCGUGCCUGCAGCGCCUGUCGGGCAGUGAUACACCAAAUGAAUUUACGCAUUCCUUCAAGUUGGCCUCGGCGUACAGCGAAGACAUCAUGCCCUACACGAACUACACCUUCGAUUUCAAAGGUAUUAUCGAUUACAUCUUCUACACGCGCACCGGGAUGACGCCGCUGGGCCUGCUGGGGCCCGUGUCGGCUGACUGGCUGCGUGAGAAUAAGGUGGUCGGCUGUCCGCAUCCUCACAUCCCAUCGGACCACUUCCCGCUCCUCGUGGAGCUGGAGCUGUGGCAUACGGCUAGUUCGCAAACACCAAAUGGCCUCAUUGGCCGCAGGUAGCAAUAGAGUGACGACAUGUGGCACAAUCACAAUCCCUUCCUCCUCACCAUCCUCAGACAUGCCGCAUCGCUGAGUCCCACCCCACCCGGCCAACAUGCCGCGGACCCUGUCCACUGAAAUCACCCCCAUUCCCUCCCCCACACGCGCGCGCUUCCUGCGCCGCAUCCCUACAUUUUAAUCACUGAAAAGUAAACAUUGUAUUGAAGAGCCGAAUGAAAAAUUGUCACAGAAGUGUGGAGAUCGUGAGACAACCAGAAAAAUAUACACACAUUUUAAACGAAAUUACCUUUGAUUGAUAAGUAACAAACUGCAGGCAAAUGAAGAACAAAAAAGGAGCGACAUUGAUCAUGAUAAUUUCUGGAGUGCAACUGAGAACGUGAGUAUAGGCAUUAAGGAGGAGAAAAAGAAGCACACACACUUAAGGUUUAAGGAUAUAGAACGAAAGAGAGAGUUUCACUGUGAAACUGCAGAAUCAACGGACAAUGAGAGGCACACGACAUCUGAAUUUGACCACACAUUAUUAUAUAUUGAAUUGGAACCAAGGCAAAAAAAAGCUUCUUAGCCAGGAGAAAAAAAACAUCAUCAAAAUCACAAAAACAUGGAUAAAAAGCGAGACGUUAGAUGAAAAAUACUGCGCAGACGAGAGCCAUAAAGAAAAAAAUGAAGAAGAAGCUGAAGAAUUCCUUCAAAAAGAGAUUCAACAUGAAUUUCCGCAGAGGAUGCAGAAAAUGCACAUUUACAAAAGAAGAAAAAGCAACUCUACAAACACACACACACACACGAAAAAAAACACACCUGAGGAAAAAUUGUCAGCGUAAAACUGCCAAAAAAUAAAAGCACCGCUAAGGAAAACAAGAAGAAGAAGCGAAAGUUAAUACAGAGUGAAGAAUUCAACAGCUGAAAUGGACUAAACAGAGAAAAAUGAAAGAGAAUAACUAAAAAAAAUCGCUAUAUAAAUAAAUAACAAAAUAGGUGAAGAAUAAAAAUGAAGAGAUAAAGAGAAAAACACGAGAAAAUAUAUCAAUGAUGUGAUGAAAUAGAGUAAUAACUAUUGUAAUUUUAAUGAUGAUGAUGAAAAAUAACAAAGUACAAAAAAAUAUGAAUAAUGUUAAAGACAUGAAAUGUGGUGGAAAAUGAUAGGAACGUAAAAAAUACCCUUAUAUGCCAUCAUUUGACUUAUUAGGACGACAAGCAGGUCAUGCAAUUUCAAAAGAAAAAAAAAGAAAACAAACGAAGGGAAGCACUAUUUUUCAUCUAACUUCAAACCAUUUAAUCCGGAAAUCUAGACAAGAGAAAAAAUAUAUGCGAAAAAUAAAUCAUGAAAUGAAGAAAAGGUUAAAAAAAAAAGAA